AUGAAAAGCUCAGCUGUUCGUCUGGCCACUCGCCGAAAAGUGAACGCACCCCCAAGAAUCGAAAUUUUGCCCCCACUGCCCCUUUAUCGCCGUAUUCUCCGGGCUCACCGCCUUCUGCCCCCACAACAGCGGGCACUGGGCGAUUCAUACGUCAAAAAUGAGUUCAGGCUUCACCGCAAUAUCGACAACCCGGCACAGAUAAUUGGCUUUCUGUCCAGCUGGCAAAAAUAUUUAGAAGCCAUUCUUGGCGAUAAAUGGCAGCAUGAGAAACUCGACAUGGAUCAAAUUGAGCGUAUGGAGCCUGAAAAGAUCAUUCAGCUUUACGAGCUGAUGGUGGCCGCCCAAAACCGCGAAUCGGUAUACAACGCCAUUCCAGACGUCGAACUACCUCGACCCGGAAACCUCUAG